GGAGAUAAAUAUGCAAUCUAUCCAAGACCUUCAGUUAGAAAGCUGCCAGCGUUUGGCAGCAUCUCAUCUCCUCCUCCCCUCUCUGAUGAUGGAGACACUGGAAGGAGAUGAACUCUGCUUUCCACAGCUCCUCAACGCCUCCUGCAGGAAGCCAAAGAGCAGUCAGACAGAAGUUGUGCUUUUCCACUUUCUCUCCUUCAUCUCUUUUCUCACUGCAGCUCUCAACCUGCUGGUCAUCAUCGCCAUCUCCCACUUCAGGCAGUGAUACACGCCUCAGCUGUACUAAUACACUGUUAUGCUAAUGCUCACAGAAGGAAAAACCAGCUGAUAGUUGUUUUCAUGAAAAUAAUAACCUUUAAGAUUUUAACCACAAUCUGCUAUUAUUUCUCAAUUACUGUUGUCAAUGAUUAUAUUGUUCAUGCUGAUGUUCAUGGUGAUGAUAUUCUCUCACUGCAGGCAGCUCCACACCACCACCAACCUCGUCCUUCUCUCUCUGGCUGUCUCAGACUUUCUCGUGGGCCUCGUGGUGAUCCCGGUUGAAAUGAUCUCAAUGAGUAACUGCUGGUUCUUGGGUGACAUCAUGUGUGGUGUGUAUUAUUUGUUACCCUGUGUCAUUAUCUAUGCCUCAGUAACAAGCAUGGUGCUCAUAUCAAUCGACCGGUAUGUGGCUAUUUGUUACCCUCUGCAUUACCACACCAGAGUCACUCUAAAAACAGUCAGAAUCUCUGUUAGUUUGUGUUGGGUCUACUCUCUCUUUGGCUGCAUUUUUGUUUUCUAUGAUCACCUGAAACAACCUGGCAAGUAUAAAUCUUGCUAUGGAGAAUGUGUGAUUAACAUUGCAGGAGACGUGGAUCUUGUUCUUAGUUUCAUUCUCCCCAUAUCUAUUAUCAUAACUCUGUAUUUGAGAGUGUUUUCUGUUGCCAUCUCUCAAGCUCGGGCCAUGCGCUCCCACAUUGCAGUUGUCAUGCCGAUGCGUUCACAGACUGUGACUGCUAAGAGGUCUGAGAUCAAAGCAGCCAGGACUCUUGGUAUUGUUGUGGCUGUUUUUCUGAUCUGUUACUGUCCAUAUUACUAUGUCUUUCUUAUAGGCGGCAAAAUAUUGAUUGGUAUGUCAACUGAGAUUUUGGCAACUCUUCAGGUGUAUUUUAACUCCUGUCUGAACCCUGUGAUCUAUGUUUUUGUCUACCCCUGGUUUAGAAAAGCUAUUAGACAGAUUGUUACGCUUCAGGUAACACACCGUGGCUCCUCUAACGCCAACAUACUGUAGGGAAACAAUGAC